GGUAGAUAAUCAACAUCGUAUGAUAGCGGGUAAAGUCUAAUCACUUCACCUCUACGCCCCUCUCUCGGUUUUGUUCAUUGAAUAAAAAUGACAGAUUAUACAAAAUUAGCUGGACUAUUAUUCGUUUUAUGUGUUCCGGGAGCGUUAUCAGAUAACUUGUGUGACGACGGAUGGCUGCCGUACGGAAGCAACUGCUACAAAUUCGACACCACAAAGAGAGUGUCUGUGGCUAGCGCGCAGGCGGAGUGUAGCAAUCUCGGGGCGAAUUUGUUGCGAAUUCACUCCUCAGAUGAACUGACCUGGAUCACAACCACAGCAAAGGCGUCUUUUCCAAGCGCCGGAUUUUGGACAGAUCUCAACGACAACCCGAAGACAUCCCUAACAAAGCUUGGUACGGGAAAAUGGCAAUGGGGGAUGUUCGAAACGGUAGACAUGUCUUUGAUCCAAUGGGGUACCUCGCCAGUAAACGACGGGGUUGCAAACUGCGCAGGCAUGAACAUCCUUGGUACCCUGUCUGACUUGAACUGUCUUUCUCUACAGGGGUUUAUUUGCAAACUGCCCGGGCAGAGUGGAUGUCCAUUGGGCUGGCUUUCCUACGGUACCGCGUGCUACUGGAUUAGUGACACGACAAAUGCGACGCGCCUUCUGUCGUGGAACGAUGCCAAGUUGUGGUGUGCAGACCCUUCUCGAAGUAACGCAAACGGCGCCCAGCUGAUGUCGGUCGCGGAUCAGAACGAUUUGAACUUCCUAACAAACAACCUGCCGUACCAGACACCGAGUGCGACAGUGUUCUGGAUUGGCUAUACCAGCACGAAUGGUCAAUGGGGCUGGCUUACUGGUUCCACAAGUGCUGUCACAGUUCCAUGGCAGACAGCCCCGAACAAUGUUGCUGGUAUUGAGAACUGCGGUGUUUUACGUAUGACCGGUGUGUUCGAUGACAGGGACUGUUCAUCCAGUUCCAACUUUAUAUGCUACCAGCAGCAGUACAACACCCAAACCGCAGACAAUUUAGGCUGUGGCCAAUGGAUUAGAGGCGGAAAGCUGUGUUACGGUUUCAUCGGCAACUCUCAAACUGCCAACUGGCAGGACGCAAGAAGUUACUGCAAAAAGCGAGGCGCAGACCUCGUAAAAAUUGACUCGUACGACAAACAGGCAUGGCUGAGUCAGCAGAUGACGGAUCCCGCCAAUGACGCCAUCUUCUGGACAGGACUUAACGACCAAAAAACCGAGGGAGCGUACGUCUGGGCGGACGGAUCGCCCGCUAAUCAGUCCUAUAUAAAGUGGAACCAAGAACCUAAUAACUACAAGGGCCAAGAGAAUUGCGGGCUGAUAUACACCACGGGUCAAUACAAUGAUCAGACAUGCUCUUUGAAGGCAGCCGCGAUAUGCGAAAUCGACAAUCUUUCGCCGUGCCCUAACAACAGUUGGUAUGCGAACAAUAACAACUGUUAUUUAUUCACUCCGUUCGACCCCAUAUCGUCCCUGAUGAAUCAACAAGAAGCGACGUCGUUUUGCGCAUCAUUGUCGGGGAAAACAAAUAAUGUGGCAGCUCUCCUGUCUGUUGAAACAACGGACGAACACGAUUUUAUCAAGACGACAGUAGGCAGUUCCCAAUUAUCGGCUAACGAGUAUGGAUGGUGGACGUCGUUGACAGACAAGCAGACCGAGGGCUUCUGGAUGUUCGCCACAGGGCCUGUGCUGGACUCGUCGGUAAUAGACUGGACCGGUGAGCCGAGUACCCGCCAGGGCGACAACUGCGGUCUGGUGACAUUUGGAGGCCAGUUCCACGAGAGAGUUUGCUCCCUUAAAAUCCGUUUCAUAUGCGAACGUCUUGCAUACGGUGUUACAUCAGGCUCUGUGCGAGAAUACGCCCUGCAUCGUCGUGUUGCAGCCGUGAUUGUCUCGUUUCUUUCCAUGUACAUAUUGUCUCCCUCUUUGAUAAAUGAAUGUCUGGAACAUGAUAGGGAGAGAAACGUUGGCAGCGGCGUCGCACAGAAUGUUUGUGACGACGGUUGGCUGCCGUACGGAUCCAACUGCUACAAGUUCUUCACAACCAAGAGUGUGUCCGUUGCCAGCGCUCAGGCGGAAUGCGUCAGGUCGGCAAGCUCCCUUGUCAGGAUUCACUCGCAAGAUGAACUGAACUGGAUUACCACAACAGCCAAGGCGAAAUUCCCAAGCAGUGGAUUCUGGACGGAUCUCAAUGAUAACCCGAAAAACUCAUUGUCUCAAGUUGGUACUGGAAACUGGACAUGGGGCUCGUUCGAAAACGCAGACAUAUCGCUUAUUACAUGGGGUGUCUCUCCAGCCAAUGACGGUGUUGCAAACUGCGCAGGCGUGAACAUUUUGGGUACACUGUCCGAUUUGGACUGUGCGGCAAGACAGGGAUUCGUGUGCAAAAUGGAUGCUUCAAACGGUUGUCCUUUGGGUUGGCUGUCUACCGACACCUCCUGUUUCUGGAUCAGUGACACGACAGAUCCUUCACAGAUGGUCACGUGGAGCGCCGCCAAGGCGUGGUGCUCAACCCCUUUGAAAAGCAACGCUACGGGCGCCCAGUUGAUGUCCAUUUCGGUCCAAGACGACGUCGAUUUUCUGACCAAUAACCUGCCGUACCAAGGAAAGACCGCGGUCACGUAUUGGCUCGGAUACACGUACGCCAACGGACAGUGGAGCUGGAUCGUACCGAGUGCAUCCGCCGUCUCUCUUCCUUGGCAGCAAAGCCCUAACAAUGUUGCUGGUAUGGAAAACUGCGGUGUUUUACGUAUGAAUGGGAUGUUCGAUGACAGGAACUGCUCAUCAAUGGCCAACUUUAUAUGCUACCAGCAGCAGUACAAUACUCAAGCUCCGGACAAUCAGGGCUGCGGCCAGUGGAUCAGAGCGGGUAAACUGUGCUAUGGGUUUAUUGGCGGUUCCAAAGUGGCUGCGUGGCAAGAUGCGAAAAGUUACUGCAAGCAACAUAGCGCGAAUCUGGUCAAGGUCGACUCAUUCGACAAGCAGGCCUGGCUGAAUAUGCAGAUGCUUGAUCCAGCUAACGACAAGUUCAUGUGGACAGGCAUGAACGACAUCAGUACCGAGGGCCAGUACGUCUGGUCGGAUUCUUCGAGUGUUAACCAGUCAUAUAUCAACUGGAAUCAGGAACCAAACGACUACAAAGGUCAAGAGGACUGCGGUCUGAUUAGUUCUAGUGGCUAUUAUAAUGACAUGAGCUGUCAACAACAGGUCGCAGCCAUUUGUGAGAUUGACAACCUUGCAUCUUGCCCUAGUAGCAGCUGGGUUGCUAACAACAACAACUGUUAUUUCUUCACACCAUACAAGAAUAAAACUGCUCUCAUGAAUCAACUAGAAGCCGCCUCAUUUUGUAACUCCCUGUCCGUUGACGGAAACCACGUGGGCGCUCUGUUGUCCGUGGAAUCCGCCGCUGAACACGACUUUAUCAAGAACCAAGUCACGAACCCGCAAUAUGCCGACAAUGCCGUCGGUUGGUGGACUUCAAUGUCGGACCAACAGACCGAAGGAUACUGGACAUUUGCCACCGGACCUAUCUUUGAUCCCUCUCUAGUCGACUGGAACGGUGAGCCGAGCACCAAACCCGACGACGACUGUGGAGUGAUCACAUUCGCGGGUGCCUACCACAUGCGCCCGUGCAGCUGGCAACUGAACUUCAUCUGUGAGCGCUAUGCGUACGGAGUCACUGGAGGUGCUGCCAGCGUAACAAUAUCUAUGUUUUCAAUUCUCACACUGGUUUUGUCAACACGUCUGGUUGUGUAGUCCAUGGACAUACUUGUAUAAGGCCAGUGGUUUGUGCAAUAGGCAUUUAUGCAAGAGUGUGGUGUGUUUUGUGUUUGCAGGUUGAUAGAAAUGUCUUUAUUGUAAUAACUAUGUAAUUAGCAAUUAUGAAUCGAACGGUUAUUAAAACUCAGCAGCCGUGCAUCAAAAAUAGCUAUGUGCAAUCGUCACAUUGUGAAAGGUACAUGAUUGUUGAGCCCGUUUUAACCACAGCAAAAAUUUGUUCAAUUCAUGUUAAUUUUGAAACCAAUAAACUGAAAAAUAUGAGAUACAUAAUUUACACAGUUUGUAUUGUUAAACUUUCAAAUGCUGGGUUUUAACAAAAAAUAAUAUUGUUACUAUCUAAGAAAUGGAAAAUAAAGUAACUAUUAUGAAUCGAAACGUAUGUUAAAAGUUGGAGCUGAUUCAUAUGGAAAACAUGUCGUUGAAUGUAUGCUGCACAUAAAGCCAUAGAUUCAGAAAAUGAAAACGUUAACAAUUCACCGAAAUGUACUUGUAUAAAAACAACAAUUCAGCUUAUAUUCUUUAUAAAAAUGUAUGUGCUCUUUCAUUUAAAAAAUAACGUGAAUAAAAUUAUAUAUGCUAUGUAUAUAAAAUGUA